AUGCCAAAGAUUAAUCUUAACGUCGUCAUUGUUUGCGGUUCUACCAAAGUAGACUUAACAUAUUUCACCGAGUUGAUUACAGAAUCUUACAGACCCAAUGUCUAAGUUUAACAGCAAAAUGGUUGUACUCUUACAAGAACAUUGGUCACUUCACAAUAAACAGCAAUGCUAGGAGAUUUAAUUUCAGACCAUGAAUAAUACUCAAGCGCAAAUAAUGGAUUAAAAAAUUAGCAAACCUUGGAGAAUUUUGAGUUGGAUAUAUGUUUCUGGGAUAUGAACCCUAAGGAACAUCUCUGGUCAAGACUAAAGGCUCUCUAGCUUUACGAAUAAGCAAAUAUCUUUAUCAUGCUGUAUAAUGCCGAUGAUAAAGAUUCGUUCGAAAAGCUCGUCUCUAUCCAUAAUGAUUUUAAUGAGUAAAACCAAGUGGGUGCUUAUUAAGUACUUGUUGCUAUUGUAAAUAAAGACAUAGCAAAUAAAUCUACAAGGAGAAUCAUGAAAAAUGAUUAAAUUCAGGAUUUUCUAGAGCAAAGAGGUAUUCCAAGUUUUAUUGAAUGCAGAUUAGAUAAUAAGAAAAAUGUCGACCUCCUUGAUUACCAUCUAAGAUUUAUUAUGAAUCCCGCUUACAAUGAAUACAGAACUAAAAAGGAGACUGCAUUUUUAUAUCGACCUCUGUUCUAAACACUUCAAAACAAUAAAAAGAAAAAAAAUCCAAAGGAGUAAGUAGAUUGGGUUGAUAGAUUGUAUUAUCUAAAACCAGAUUACGCACGUUUGUAUAAAUAAAGGCAAAAAGUGCUUGAAACCACGUUUAAUGCCAACUCCUCUCAGUAUAAGUCAAGUAGAAUCUAUUAAUAAACACCUUUAGAAUCUUCACCUCCUUUUAACAUAAGCAUUACUAAUGAAAGGAUUACACCUCCUUAGAAGGAGCAUGCAGAGACCUAAAGGUAAAGGCCAAGCCAUGUUCCUAGACAUUCGGUUAUUGACCUUUAAAUCAAUAAAGUCACAAAGGAAGCUAUUGAUAAACCUAAGACUUAGGAUUUAAUGACAUAAGAUCCAGGAUAUGAAAGUGAUCAGAAUAAUAACAAUCACAACCAUAAAAAUUCAAAUGGAUCAAAUAUAGAAAUUGAUAGGUUGUCUAAAGAAUUUUGGAAUCAGCCCCUCAGAAAUGUCAUAGACAAAAAAUAUCUGUAGACUAUGUAAACUUCACUGGCACCUCCUUCUCCUAAUAAUUAGAGUAAGAUUCAGAGAGACAGAUCAUUUAGCACCAGACUAAACAAAUAAUUCCAACAUCGCUCUAAUCCCAACUUACUUUUAACUUGUAGCGCUGAUAUGAAAUAUUCCCCAAAUCGAGAGAGCACGAAAGUAGUGGAAAAGCUUAAAAAUUAAGUGAAAAAAUCUCAUGCUUAAAUUUGCCCAUAUCAUGCAAGACACAGCAGGUCAAGAUCACCUCGUUCAACUGAAGAAAAGGUUAAGCCAUACCCAGAGUUGAACAGUUACAUGAGUAAGAAUAAGACUAGGAAAUCUCUAAAACCUGUAAAAGAUUCAAAACCUAAAAUAAGCUAUGGUGCUCGUAAUGUUGACAUUGAUUUACUCCAACUAUACUCCAAGGAUUAUGAUUAAUUCAAAACAAAGCUAAUGGAGAGAGACUAAAGAAUUUAGCAGGAAUUAAAAUAACAAGAUAAUUUUUAUGUUGCACCAAGUAAGUUUAACAAAUCUUAAAUGGAAGCAACACUGAAUAUAUCUAACCUGAAUAACAAAGGCAAAAUUUAGGCAAUGACUGGAGUGAACAUGACUGAGGAAUAGAAAAUGAGUUACUUUAAGAAAUUGUAGUAAAAUUAUUAGAACAAAGGAGGACAAACUCAUAAUACGAGCUCAUAAAGUGUUCCUAAUCUCUAAAAGUACUAGACUGAUCAAUCCUAUCUGAGAUACAAUGGCAGUAAUAACUAUGUCCACAAGAACAAUCAUGAAAAAGUGUACAUUUCAAGAGACUUUGUUCCAGUUGAGCAGCAUUAUCAUUACAAACCUGAAAAGGAUCGUGGUUACGGUUGUAAUAAUUGCUCAAUAUUCUGA